UGACGUUUGUUUGUGCGUCGUUUAUCGUGAAAUUUCCUGCACCAAGAAAACACGACGAUGGCGGCCGGUCCGAUAGCAGAGAGAAAUCAAGAUGCGACGAUUUACGUUGGUGGACUGGAUGAUAAGGUUACCGAGACGCUACUCUGGGAACUGUUCGUCCAGAGCGGCCCGGUCGUGAACGUGCACAUGCCGAAGGACCGUGUCACACAGAUGCAUCAGGGCUACGGGUUCGUCGAGUUUCUCGGUGAAGAGGAUGCGGAUUAUGCGAUCAAAAUUAUGAACAUGAUCAAGCUGUACGGUAAACCGAUCCGCGUGAAUAAGGCUUCAGCGCACCAGAAGAGUUUGGACGUGGGGGCGAACAUUUUCAUCGGCAAUCUGGACCUGGAGGUGGACGAGAAGCUGUUGUACGAUACAUUCUCCGCGUUCGGUGUGAUUCUGCAGACGCCAAAGAUAAUGCGUGACCCCGAGACGGGCAAUUCGAAGGGAUUCGCGUUCAUUAACUUCGCCAGCUUCGAAGCAUCGGACGCAGCUAUGGACGCCAUGAAUGGUCAGUAUCUGUGCAAUCGACCCAUCUCGGUUUCGUACGCGUUCAAGAAGGAUUCUAAAGGUGAGCGUCACGGAUCGGCUGCCGAGCGUCUACUGGCGGCACAGAAUCCACUAUCACACGCGGACCGUCCACAUCAACUCUUUGCCGAUGCGCCCGUACCGCCAUCGAUGCAUCCGGGCAUGAUGGGUGGCCAUCCGAUGAUGCCUCCGCCAUUGUUGGCACCUCCUCCACCACCCUCCAAUCCAGCGGCGGUCAUCCCGCAACCGCCAAUCAUGCCGCCACCGCAAGCUCCGACCGGUUACGGUGGUCCUGGAGCGAUUCCACCUCCUCCCCUACCACCACCGCUCGGUGUGCAACCGCAACCACCACUGCCAGCCGCUCCGAUGGGUAUACCACCGCCACCAAGGAUGAUUCCUCCUCCACCGUGGCAACAACCGGGUGCACCGGCUCCACCAGCACCAGUCGGAGCUCCGGCACCACCGCCAGCCCCUUCGGCCCCAUUUCCACCACCGCCACCAUCGUUUCCACCAGCAGGCAGCAAUGUCGGAGGACAGUUUCCCCCACCACCUCCAGCACCCAGCACACCGCGGCCUCCUCCUCCCGGUGGGGUAAGACCGCCCCAACCACCACCACCACAGAUGCCGGGUUUUCCUCCAAGACCACCGCCAGGAGGUGGAUUUCCGCCUCAACCUCGACUACCUCCGCCACCACCUUCCGCUGCCUACAGCACGGACGGUUACGGAGCUUACUAGCCUAAC